AAUUCCACCCGCCCUCCAUCGCCUCUCACCUCUCACCUCGGCUCUUCUCGAUCUUGGUCGCCAUCCCUCCGGCGCUUCUCAUCGAGCGCAAACAAUGGCGAACAAACCCCUAGUUUCAUCUUCCAUCCAACCAAUCUUUACUGAUCCUAUCUAGGCUGAGCUCCGGAGCUAGGGUUUCAUCUUCAUGGCUUCGAAGGAGCUUGAUUUGGCUCAUCCUAGGACAAUGGACAACGGUCUCAGCUCCCGCAUCGGUUUCCAAGACCCCGCCUUGCAAUUUCCUCGCGCCGCCGGAAACCAUACAGCUGAUGAUCGGGGCGGCGGGUUCUUUCGUAUGGGCCAGGAGUCGCGCUUGCAGAACCGGGACUGGAACACCAUCCGAGAUCCUGGGUCGAGUGGCGAUGGAUCGGAGGAUGACGAUGAAGAUGGGUAUGAUGAUGAGGAGGACGAGGGUUUGGUGUCCGUUGACAAUGGAAAUCACAAGCACUGCAAUAAUAGUAGCGGCAGCGUCCAGAGUAGUUCGGAUAAGGCUUGCAACGCGCGAGCCGAUUCGCAGAAGCAGCAUUCGUGUUUCGGAUUGAAUAGAGGAAUGGUGGCGAAGGAUGGGAGCGGAAUGAGGGGGAGUUCUGGUUCGCAACAGCCGCAGGAGCAGGGGCGGGAAGGCGGGUAUGAUAACGAGAUUACAAUAGUUGAGCCAGAGAAUUAUUAUACUCCAAUCAUGCAUGGAGGAGAUGGAUCCAGUUUGGGCCAUAAGGAGAUAGGAGGGGAGCAUGGGUGUAGUUUUGGUGGGAGGCGGGAGAGUGGAUUGGCGAUCGAUUUAGGGGAGUCUCUGAGGACACACCUGUCAGAUCCUGUUACAGGUGCUCUUAUGGAUGAUGCAAUGAUACUACCAUGUGGGCAUUCUUUUGGUAGCGGUGGCAUGCAACAAGUUUAUAGAAUGAAGUCUUGUUUCAAGUGCUCACAACCAAUUUCAGAAGACUUAGUUCGGCCUAACUUGGCACUCCGGGCUGCAGUCCAAGCAUUCCACCGUGAAGAAGAGUCACAAUUCUCGAAAGCACCCAAAAGAAGAAGAGACAGAUUUGAACAUGAAAAAUGUAGUUAUGACGACCCGUUUCCUCUGGACCUUUGUCGGGGUAAAGGUGUCCAAUUUCCAUUUGUAGUCUCAGACCGAGUUAUAAUCAAGGGAAACAAGAGGACACCGCAACGUUUUGUUGGACGAGUUGCUGUUGUGACGACACAAUGCUUAAAUGGAUGGUAUGUGGUCAAGACACUGGACAACGCAGAGAGUGUCAAAUUGCAAUAUCGCUCUUUAGCGAAGUUUACUGAUGAACUGUCCUCUAAUGUGAGUUCAAAUAAAGCUAUCACUCCAAAUUGGCUGUAAAACGUGGUACAAGGUAACAUAUACUUGAUCAACAGUGGUGACAACACCCUCCUAUUUAUCUUCUUCGGCGCAGUUACCUUGUGGAAAUGCUUCUGCACAAGAUUAUUAUGUUAUUAUUGUACAUGCAAUAUGGAUACAGUGGCGGCUCCUUCUUUGGCGUACUUACAUUCUAAAGGCCUUAAAAUCAUCCUUGAGUGUUUAUGUUGAAAGUCUGUUUAGUAGGUCUUGUGUAAGUUUAGUUUUUCUGCUUGGUUUUGGGCAUAGGUUUUGUUGGCUGGCUAACUGUAUGCCUCUUGUUGGGAAUUUGUAAAACCCACCAGGAACGCUGAAAUACUGUAAUUCUAUUGUGCUUUCUUUUAUAUAAUUGAAAUGGUUUAUUUA